CGGCGGCGCCGGAUACGAACGCACCUGGCUUCGAGGGGUCAUCACAUAGGCGAGCGAGGAAACCGUCGCCGGCCCACAAACGGCCAUCUUGAUCAUCAGUGGCGAUCCAUUCUUCCCAGUACCAAAAGCCAGUCAUCGACAGCUUGGUGCUUCGACUGCACAACGGCCGCAUCUCUGCCCGCACACCAACCCGGUAGCUUCGCUGACCUUCUCCCCCGGUUCAAGCCCACCAUGCAUGCCUCAAUCCUUUCGUGGGAAUCCGACAGCGAGCCAGAAAAUAAUUCUCGGACACCACGCUUUGAAAAUUCUGCACCAGUCGUCGCAGUUACAGAUGUCGACACCGACAGCCCAGAGCAAGGUUCAUCCGCUCCGGCCAAAGUCGCUGGGUCGGUCGGCCUGAUUGAGGAGCAGCCCGCCAAAUCGGACGUCCAAGAUAAAGAGGAUGUCAAUGAUAUCUUCAGGAAUGAAGCAAAGCGCCUCGAAGCUUAUGAGGACGAUAUUGAUCUUUCGGACGACGAUGUUGCUCGUGAACUGGGAGAGCCAAAGACCACUAGCAGUGAUGAGCUCGGCCGAUAUUCCAUCUCCACCAAGAGAACCGAGGAGUUUGAGAAAGAUCAAGAAGAAGGUGGUGCAAGUGAAGACUCGGCCUCAUAUGGAAGUCAAUACGACUCUGACGGUAACGAGGUCCUGAAGGCCGAUCAGUUCCAAGAGUUUCUUGAACUCAAGUCCCGCUUGAAAGAUACGAACGCCUUCAAGAGCAUUGAAUUGAGUGGAAAGGGAAUAUCCAGAGCCAAGCUCGCUUUGAAGGCAGAGACCGAGCGAAUCAAGCGAGAAACCGUCAUUGAACUCCCAUUCCGAAAAGGAUCCAUGAAUAUGUCGACUUUCCUGGAUAAAUUCAAAGCUCCUACCGUGGCCCCCCUCCCAUCUGUUGAUCCUAUCAGGGACUUCUCCAGCAAUGCUGAUCAAGCCUCGCUUUCUGGCAAUGCUGUUAAUGAUGAGUUCGCAGUGGAGGUGGCUUCCCAGCCGAUCGAAUCUAUCCGACCAGGGCUGCCCGACAGAGUCUUCGAUUCCCCCACAAUAUUCGCGGACAAAGAUCAACUGCCCCGUAUCUCUAUCCAUGCCGUACCUAGCGAUGGCCCACUUCAGACUCCCGAGCGUUCAUCUCAGAGGAAGCACGUCAUCGUUCCAGCCGACGGCGAGCACAAGCGCAACGCCAAGAAGUUUACUACAUCAGUGCACCCCAUCCGUCCACUGUCCAAGCUCUCGUCAUCACUGAGACAGACGAAUCUUGAGCAUUUAAACCUCGCCGGCGAUGGCCCGCUGGACUUGCAUGACAAUCACGAUUUUGAUAUCGAGGUGUGCGAGAUAGUCGAUCUCCGAAUUCGAUCCAAACAAGCUGUCAAGUCUGAUAUUCCUGUCGCAUUUCAAACAAUACCUCAAAUGGCACAUAUGACCCGCAGUCCUGCUGACAUCUUGAGGGAAAGAAACAACCGCCUUAAAAAGAUGGCUCAUGAUCAAAUGCGCGAGCGCCGGCUCACUGAAGAAGCUCAAUGUAAAGCGCGCAUCGAAGAAAAGAAAGCCAAAAAAUGCACAGAACAAUGCACUCUCUCCGACAAUCCAGAGCCCCUGACCGAGGACUUACCGACAUUGCUGGAGCGAACUGGGCAGCACUCAGCACCUCUGGAAUCUGAGGACGUAUUUUCUUCCGGCCAAGCUGACACUUGGCCAAUGGAUGGCUUGGUUACUCGAGAGGAUAGUGCUGAUGCUGAUGGAUAUUCAAACUCCAAGAGCCUGGAUAUGCGCAAUCAUGAAGGAUCCAAGACAGCAGAUGAUGAUUCCACAAUCGACAAUACCUCGACGGUACCAGAGAGUCAGCGCUUGUUGGCAUCGGGUCUGAUGCAUUUCAAUCAAGUCUCCAUGAAUGAGCGAUCGACUCUGGGCAUUGGCGGUACCCAGCCCUUGGAUGCCCCGGCCGCUAAUAACCCUGCGACAACUCGCAUUGGUACUUUCGAUGAAGAUCUGAGCAACCCCGUCGAAUCGUUAGCCAAGCGGCAAUUUAACCAGGCUGGAUCUAUUUGCAUGCCGAGUCUUCCAAAGAAAGGCAGUCUCCUUCAUUUUUUCAACACGGCGCUACCCAAGUCACACCCGAGCGAAACGACAGGCGGACUUGCAAGUGCAGCCACCCGCAUGCCCGAAAGCUCGCAAUUUAUGAGCGAUGAGCUUGAGCAAUUGCUCUCAGCCCCUUUUUCGGAGACCGGCGAUGAACGGACACCGGCGCUGUCGGCUCGAAGGCGCCUAAACGUCAGUAGCAUGCGGGAUCGAGAUGGAUAUGUUUUAUGUGAUCCUCCGACUCAAACAUACACCACUGAAGGCAUUCCUGUAACCGCGCUCGCGGUCGACAGCGCAGCAUGUGAAGCCACCCAGCACAUUUCCACAAAUUCAGCUGAAUCACUAUCGCGUCGGCAAAACAAAAGAUCAAAUUUGAUCCUCGAUGACGAUGAUGAAGCCGAUGGUGGUUAUGGUGAUAGAGAUGUAAAGCCCGUGAUCGACGUGUUUGCCCCUCGUUCCGGCUCUCGCAGACAUGACGAAGCACGAGCUUCAGAGCCUGCGGGUCGUGAUGGCCAAGCCAAGCGAAUGAAGAGAGAACACUCAAUCUCUCUUGGUCGCUCAAAACGCAUAUUUGAUCUCAGCGACGACGAGGGCAGUAGUCUUGGAAAUGCUCCCAUUAUCGGCAAUCUCCUUGGCGAUCUGCAUACAACCGAUGCCGAUGAUGAAGAGGAUGGUGUUGACGAGAAUGACGAUGGCGCAACCGGGACUGAGGCAUACCACGACAGCCAUGAGGUUAGCAGCAGUGAAAGAACCCAGACUUUUGACGCGAACGGCUUUCUGGGGCUCAGCAACGAAGCGUACAUGAGCCGUCAACAGGCAAAUCAUCGCGCUCCAGUGGAGCUCGCUAGCCGUAGGGGAGAAGCAGUGAGUUGGUCGUCGAGUCAGAACCUGUUGAUGGCUGAGUCUCCCAUGGAUCCUGGCUUGACUUUACAUCGUCUACACGAGGCUGCACUCUAUCCAACAAAUGCGGGCUCGCCCCGGGAUUCAACAUUCCCGAUCAAGCCUCCGCAAUCCGUUUUCAUUGAAGGCGAAGCCGUGGAAGAAGAGGACGAGUUUAUGGGAAUAGGCGGGCCUGAUGAAGACGAAGAUGCUCAGAAUGAUGAGCCCCUCGUUUGUUCUGGAGACGAGGACGAGAUUGAGACGUUUGACGACAUUAUCGAGCUUCACAGACAACAAAUGAAAGAGCGCGAUGACGUUGAGACAUCGGAGCUCAUCAAAGACGUAACAUCGGGAAGCCUCCAUCGACGGGCGAUGCGCCGAAACCGUGAGGAAGUUGGCAAAGGCCUUGAUCUCAGUGACGAAGAAUCGGACGAGGAGCUUUUGCGGAUCAUGAGAAUACAACAACGCAGUCUCAGGGACAGAAAGCCGAGAGAUGGCCCCGAAUCCGAAACAGAUGCCUUUCGCAGAUGCUUCGAAAUUGACAAUGACCGAUCCGCAUUUUUCGUGGAGGAUGACUACAUGCCAGUCACGAACUUGCGAGCGACCCUUGCGCGUCAGCUGAGCGGCAUUAGUACAACAUCAUCAAGUUCGAGCGCCGGUGCCCAAACAGCAUCCAAUCAGCAUCCUCUGGGCUCCAAUCUGAUCCUGAAGCAUCGGGCUGCCAAACCCCCUUUACGACAGUCGUCGAAUGUCACCAAUCCGGAAGACGAGAUGGCAGAUGAGAGCCUUGCUGGCGAUGAUUGUGUUAAUGAUCAUGGUUUUUCGUCGCCUGGUGCCUUGGACGUUGGGGAUUUUGAACGGAAGGCUAUUCUCACCCUGCUGGACGAAAGCUCGUCACCGCAUUUGCGCCGAAAACACCUCCGGCCGAAGAAGAUAGCCGCUAACCCACACUCCUAUAUGUCAAGAACUUUGAACACAAGCCUCGGUUUCCUGAGAGAGGCUCGCGGCACAGCAUCCUUGGCAGUCACGGACCCUGGCUCGGCUCCAGGCUUUUCAAAAAUUGAGGAUCUCGAUAUCCAUGGUCUGGGCUCGCCAUCGGGCCCGUCCAAGAAAACCAGUCGCCGGAACAUGACCUUCAAGGUAGUCACUCAAAAAGAACUCGAUGCCAACGCAGCAGCUGCAGCAAAAGCCUUGGAGAGAGAUGCGGAAAGACAACCUCGGUCCAAAGGCGAAAUCGCACGGUCACUUGCCUCGCAGACAGCUUUUGGGAGACUCCCAUCCAAAGGGAACUCCAAACGCUAAACCCCGCGAUAUCGGCUCUUCCUCUGUGACUAAGCGCUCGCUGAGUCUGAAAAUAGAGCGAAGCGUCUGUGUGGGCUCCUGGGGACGAUUCCUGGAUUCUGAAUACACAUGUCUGUCGGACGUAUCGGCCCCGAUUGGUCCGAUGGCCGAUUCGUCGUGUUCUGGGCAAGGAUCGCACGUGCCUCAUUUCGGGGCUGGGUCCGC